UUCAUACUCCACUUAAAGCUGUUCAAACUAGGAAAAAUUUUACGUGAACCAACAAUGGAGCUGAAUGAGGAGCAGGUGAAAGAGGCUGAGACUCACCUAAAGAGAUAUUUACCUCGAUCACUUCCGGUUUACGGUCUUUUGAUGCUCAGAAACAGAAUCCCAUCAGAUCCUCUGACUGUUUUUGUGGACAGAUGGCCUGACUUUAACACCAUUAUCUGCAGACCACAAUGUGGAGAGAAAGGCAGUUUCUUCAAAGACAUCCUUAUUUUUGCAAACGAUGAAACUAUUCUAGAAGAAACCAUUAAGAAGUCGUCUGUUAUUGACUGGACCAGGCAACUCAGUCUUGAAAUGGAUCGUCGUCACUUGGAGAUGUUAGAAGCUGUGGCAGCAGAGAAAAAUGUCCCCGGCCAUCACCAUGCUGUGUGUCACAUGAUGUUUCUGGAGGACGUUUCCAGCCUUCCUGACAUAGACAGCUCGGGGAUCUCUCUCAGCUCUUUAAACAAAUCGCACGUCAGCUUGGUGAAUCAAACCUGGAAGUUUGGACGGUGUGAUGAGGCUCUCAGGAUGGUCCAUGACGUGGUCACAAACUUCCCCUCCUGCUGCAUCCUGGAUUCUGAAGGAAAGCCCGUGGCCUGGAUCCUGGUUUAUGGUAGCUGUGCGAUGGGAAUGUUGUACACGCUGCCGGAGCACAGAGGGAAAGGUUAUGGAAAAAUUCUGAUCUGCAGUAUGGCUAAGAGACUCCACGCUGAGGGAUACCCGGUCUACUGCUUCAUAGAGGAGGAGAACAGGGUCUCCUACAGACUCUUUAAAAACCUGGGCUUCACUGAGGAUCCUUCAUACAGGGUUGCAUGGUUUAGGGUCAAUUAAAUUUCCUUAAAGUUUUUAGUAUUUGUGAGUUUUUUGGACUUAAUCAAUGUUAGAAGUGUUGGGACGUGAUGUAGGUUUUUGUUCAGGAUUUUAAAAAACACAUGGUGCAUGACUUUACUCAAAAUGAGAUGAUAAAUGUAAAAAAAUUGCAUUUAAUGUAUAAAAGGCAGAACAUUAUCUUGCAUUACAGUAACAGAUCAAUACAAAUAUGGGCGAUUUUAUUUCCUGCACUUGAAAAGAAAAAAAAAAAAAUAAUGUAAGGUAACUGUUUAAAAACAAAAUGUCUCAAAUAUAAAAGAGUAAGACAUAUGUAUGAAACUAAAUAUCAACAUUGUAAAACAGUAAGUCAUAAUUAUGAAAAAAAUCAAAAUAAUGAGAUGAGAAGUGAAAUUCUGACAUAAAAAACUUGAUCAGCAUCCACACAGCAUCAGGCUCUCUGUUGCUUACAGGAAGCUUUUGGCAUUACACAGGAUGCUCUAUAUCCUGACAGAAACAAACUUGUGUUUUCAAACUCAAAGAAAAGCCACUGAACUGGCCUACCAUUACUGCAAUUCUGGGUGAUGUGAUUGAGUUUGUGUCUAUCUCUGCCUAAAGUCUGUCUUGAGAUGGGUCAAAAGUUUUGGAUGUGCUGCUCCUGCAGGGUUUUUUGUAUUUGGGAGUUGGUCUCUUUAAAAUGUUUUAAAAGUAGAUUGAAGGCACUAGAGGAAUACGCUUUAGGUUGUGGAUGUUUUAACUGAUGACUUUCUGAUCUGUGACUCAGGAUUGGUUGAUCUGUGUUUGAAGUGUUUUUAUGUUUAAUGUUUCAGGUCUGCCACUCUGUAAAUGGCUGCAGCCUGUCUUGGCCAGGAUACUCUUGUAGAUGAGAUUCUUAAUCUCAAGGAGUUUUUCCUGGUUAAAUAAAUUUAGUUAAAGUAUAUACAUUUAAAUUAAUAAACAAAGGAAAUUUAAAUUUUGAGAAAAAAGGUUAAGAUUAUAGGAUAAAAAUUAAUAGAUAUGAGAUAAAAAGUCACAGCAGUGAUAUAAAAAUCUAGAAUGAGAUAGUAAAUAAUAAUGGGAAGGUAUUAUUUAGAUUUAUCUAAAAAUGAUUACUCUCUCAUAAAUUUUACUUUUUCU